CUUUGCCCAGCGCGUCCGAGUCGUACAGUACCAGAGUGGACGGUUCGAACGCUGGCCCGGGUCUCGUCUCGAUCCACCGACAUGCCGUUUGCCAGAUGUAAGUGGUAUGACGAUGAGGGCGCGCCAAGAAAUGGUGGGUGCAGGAACAUCGGCUUCAGCUGUGAGUUUGUGCACCCCAGUGAACCCCGAUGGAACGAGGCACCACCACCGAGGACCAGAGAUCAAAAUGCGCCGCCUAGAGACCGCGGUGGUUCAUGGUCAACGGGAGGUCCGCCCGCCGGCGCACCGACAGGACCGCGCGGUGGUGCCGCACGUACCAAAGAUGCUGGGUGGAAUACCUCCAAUACCACCGGUCAUUCGUGGGGACAGAGCAGGCAGGCAGCCCCUGCAGCCGCCUCAAGUCAUUCCGCUGGUCUAGGAGGCUGGGGGAACAGCGAGUCGAGUGGGCAGGGCGCAUCGGCGGGUGGGCGGGGAGCAUCGUCGGGCGGAUGGGGCGACUCGACUGGCGGAUGGGGUGAGUCAACAAGCGGGUGGGGAGACCCUGGUGCCUGGGGGUCUGGCGCAGGUGCUGGAAGCGGAGGCUGGGACGACACGAGCGGCGGCGGGUCCGGUACGUCUGCACCUGUGCAAGUACCCGCUGUGGCAAGAUCGCUACCAAAGCCUAACAGCCUACCCCGGGCCGAAGCCAACAAUACAGGUAACGAAGAUGUUGGGUGGGGCAGUAGUCACGCAUGGGACACUGGCGGGCUGGGAACUAGCGGGAAUGCAGGGGGUACAUGGGGAACAACUGAGAGCUCAGCUGACGAAGCGGGAGCGACACGCAAUGCAGGGGAUACGUGGGGCGCCAACGUGGAUAACGGUUGGGCUUCCAUCGCGUCUGCCUCAGGGGCGAAUAGCAUAGUGGCACGGGACAAGUCGAAGCAGCCACUGUCUAUCAUGACCAGCAGUGUCCUCCACUCUAGCACUGCCACUCAGGACCACCAAGAAAUGAGUAAUCCAUUUGCGCCGAUGCUGGACUCACCAGCCGCAGUGCGCAGGCCGUCUUAUGCCUUCGACGACCCUACGUUUAGUCCUUCUGAAGAUACACUCCCUACUGCUAACACCGAGUUGGACGAGCUCAUACCUGACGCGCAAAACUUGACAUGGAAGUCGCUUGUGAAGAACAUCAACAAGGCUGUCCAAUAUCAACAGGAGCUUGCCGAGGCGAACAUCAUGCGCGAAAAGGUAAAGCGACUCUUCAAGUCACGAAGGAUGCAGGACGCAAGCGACGACGCACGUGCGCCGCUGGAGAAGUCAUACGGCGAGUAUCGAAGACAGGCAGACAAAGCCGACAAGCGCCUCAAGGAUGUGCUCGAUACGUUGGCCAAGCACCCGCUCGAUCUGUGCUCAGCCUCAAGCAUAAAUGUAGAAGUGCUCCAGGAGUAUGUCAGGGAGGCAAAGGCGUGGAUGGUGACCAUGGAUGAGCAAAUGCAAGACCUCCGCAGAUGGCUUACAGAGCAUGAGGUGCCAGGCCAUCAGCCUCCCUCGCAGGCGGAGCCGGGCAAGCCCAAGCUCUCCGAACGUCUGGUGAAAAUGGAGAGCCGUGUAGACGACCUGCGAAUAUUCUUGGAGGAGCUGGACCGCACCGUUCCAGCCUCUGUGCAGAAGGCCAUCGACGAGGAGGUCGCCCGGUGCCAAGCAGCCCUCGACGAGCACACCGAGAACGUCACGGUUGCCCUCACACUGUCAAUGGGCGAGAGGUAUGACCAAGUCAAAGGGGAGAUACGUAACGCCUUGUCGCGACUGGGCGAGUUGCGCAAAGAUGUACGGUCUCUCCAGGAGCGAGACCAUCAGUGGUGGCAGGAGGCAUACAAGCUCAAAGCAGAGCACGAGGAUCUGAGCCUGCGUUUGACGAAGCUUGAGCACGCCAGGUUCGACCAGGCCGCUGUGCACACCGCGAAUACGCGCGCGAUCCAAGAUCUCGAUGCCGCGUUCAAACGCAUCACCCUCGGGCAGUCGGCGGCCGCGGCCCCGCCGCCAUACACCGAAGAGCUCUGCGACCGCCUAUCCGUCCUCUUGCGGCCUGCGUACGAACAAGAGGUGAUGACCGCCGUGUCUGCGGUGCGCGAGAGCGCGCUCGUCCACGCGCGCAAGCAGGAGGAGCUGCUGUACUCGAGAAUGUUCGAGCAGCUGCAGCCGAGCCUGCGCGUGCUCGCGACGUUUAAUGAGUUCAUCGAGACGCAUCGGGCGUGCUCGGUGGACGCGUCGCCGGGUCUUACGAAUUGUAUUCAGCAGGCGAUGUCGUGACCUCUCUGCUUUGCCAAACUAUCCUCGCUUUAUAUUGUUCACUAGGUCGCGUAUGCAUCGCCCUUCAUCUUCAUGCUGUCGCUAUCUACGAUGUAUCUACUAAGCAGUUUUUGUUAUCUCCUCGCCCCGCUUUCUUGCCUAGGUCCGCACGAUAGUCAUGAUCAUCUUUCUCACAGUGUUGGCAUAUCAGUUUGGACGGUAUAGUUGAUGUAGCAUUAGAGCAGUAGUUAAGGUAUCGAAAUCUUGACAAUGUAUAUGAUCAACAUCCUUGAAUCCCUUGCUCGCCAGUCGCGGAUU